AUGAUCUCCUACCUCGUCGGCCUCGUGGCCUUUCUGCUCUUCGCCCUCGGCCCGCUGACGCAGUGGCUCUCCCCGGCCCCGCCGUCAUCGUCGUACGCCCCGCGGCCCUUCCUCAACACGUCCCACCUCGCCCUCGACGACGCCGACGCGCCGGCCCCUGACUGCGCGCCGGACGCCUACGCGGUGCACAUUUACUCUCGCCAGCCGCUGGUUCUCUAUCUCGAGGGGUUCCUCACCGAGGAGGAGCGCGUCCACAUGUUGGCGGAAAGUGAACCCCUCUGGACCCCCUCCCAGACAGCCAACGGCGCCACGACGGCCCACGACCCGGCAGCGCGGCUCUCGGACGUGGCGCUGCUGCCGCGCACGCGCGCCGUCCGCUGCGUCGAGCGCCGCGCCGCCGCGCUGCAGGGCUGGCGGCCCGCCGUCUGGGUCGAGCGGCUGCGCACGCAGCGGUACGGCGUCGGCGGCCACUACCGCCACCACUUUGACUGGGCGUCGAGCGGCGGCGGGUGGAGCCGCGUCAGCAGCGUCAUGGCCUGGGUCGCGGGCGAGGGGGUCGUUGGCGGGGGCACCGCGUUUCCGCGGCUCGCGGCGCGGCGCGGGUCUUGGUGUCGGUUUGUCGAGUGUGAGGGCGAGGGCGAGGGCGAGGGCGAGGGCGAGGAGGGUGCGGCGGACGGAGAGACGCAGGCGGCGAGGAGAGAGGGCGUCGUGUUCAAGGUGAUCCCCGGCAAUGCUGUGUACUGGGAGAACUUUCGGCCGGACGGGAGCAGGCGGGGUUGGGACGAGUCGUGGCACGCCGGACUGCCCGUGAAAGAGGGCGUCAAGGUUGGACUCAACAUCUGGAGCUGGGGACGGAUAGAAUAG